AUGACAGACAUUACAGAAGACGACGGAAAAAUCAAUGGCGGUGAAGCUGAGGAGAAGCCGCGAACGAGGCAUAAGGGGAAGCACGACAAAGACAAGCCGUGGGAUGACCCGAGCAUCGAUCACUGGAAAAUCGAUAAAUUCGACCCCUCAUGGAACGAAGGCGGCAUGUUAGAAGUUAGCUCAUUCUCUACUCUCUUCCCUCAAUACAGAGAGAAAUAUUUGCAAGAGUGCUGGCCUGUAGUCAAAGGUGCCCUAAAAGAGCAUGGGGUUGCUUGUGAAUUAAAUUUGGUUGAAGGAUGCAUGACUGUUUCAACUACCCGGAAGACUAGGGAUCCCUAUAUUAUUGUUAAGGCUAGAGAUCUUAUUAAGCUUUUGUCACGAAGUGUUCCUGCUCCUCAGGCAAUAAAGAUCCUUAAUGAUGAGAUGCAGUGCGAUAUUAUCAAGAUUGGAAACUUGGUCCGCAGCAAGGAACGAUUCGUAAAAAGAAGGCAGCACUUAGUGGGUCCCAAUUCAUCUACUUUAAAGGCACUUGAAAUUUUAACUGGGUGCUAUAUUCUGGUUCAGGGGAACACAGUUGCAGCAAUGGGUUCAUUUAAAGGUCUGAAACAAGUGCGUAAGGUGGUUGAGGACUGCAUCCUGAACAAAAUGCAUCCAGUAUAUAAUAUUAAGAUCCUAAUGAUGAAGAGAGAACUUGCCAAAGACCCUACACUUGCAAAUGAAAAUUGGGACAGAUUCCUUCCCAAAUUUAAAAAGAAAAAUGUGAAACAAAAGAAAGUUAAAACUAAAGAGAAGAAACCUUACACGCCAUUCCCUCCACCACAGCAACCUAGUAAGAUUGAUUUGCAACUGGAAAGUGGUGAGUAUUUCUUAAGUGACAAGAAGAAGCAGGCAAAGACAUGGCAGGAGAAGCAAGAGAAACAGGCUGAAAAGACAGCUGAAACUAGAAGAAAACGUGAAGAGGCAUUUGUUCCUCCAGAGGAGUCUGAAAGACAAGAUCAGAAAACACAUGCUGAUGACAAGAAUGAUGUUGCUGCCAUUGCAUCGUCGUUGAAGAAAAAAGCUAAGGAUUUUGGCAGGCAAAAAUCGGCUGAGAAAAUUGAUGCAAACGCAUAUAUUGCAGUUCCAAACAAGCAUACCUCAAAAAAGAAAUCAAAGCAUUCCUAG